AUGGCGGGAGCCGCGUGCGCGGCCGUGUGGGCGCCGCCGCGGCGCGGGGUGAUCGCCCGCGCGCGCCCCCCGAGAAAGAAGGGCAAGAAACCCAGCGAGCUCGUCGGCGAUCACCCGUGGAAGGGGAAGAUCCUCUCGGACAAGAAGGUCAUCUCCCCGUGGGCGGAGGAUUGGCCGUGGGAGAUCCCGGAGGGCAUGCCGCUCGCCAAGCUGUUCGGCCGGGAGCUCGCCCCGCUGGUGGACGUCCCGGACCUGGACGAGGUUCCGCUCACGCCGGAGGAGCUGGAGGAGCUGGAGCGCCUCGAGGCGCUCGUGGAGGUCCUGGAGAAGCGGGUGGAGGAGCUCGAGGCGAAGAAGCGUUCGGAGGUCGAGUCGAGGGAUGCGUCGAGGAAUGAGCCCGACGCCCCAGCCCCGACUCCGACGGCGGCGACCGACGCGGACGAUACGCUCGCCGGGACGCCCGAAGCGUCCUCCGAUCCGCCGAUACCCACGACGAAGACGACGAGACGGGCACGUCCGCGCGCCACGUCACCGCCCGUCGUGGCGCUGCUCUGGGACGUGGACAACGUCAACCCGGGUCCCGAUCCCCGACGAGCCGCCGUCGUCGCCGCGCGGCUGCUCCGCGCCGCGACCGCCCUCGGCGGCGGCGCGCUCGGCGGCGAACCCGGUGCACCCGCCGACGUCGUCGCCUUUCGAGCCUACGCCAACCCCGAGACGCUCGCCAGGGUGGACGUUAGGGCAUUAGAACUCGCGGGUGCCGAAGUCGUUGGAUGUCAGUCGGGCCCCGAUCAGGUGGACAUGACGAUGGGCGCGCACAUCGACGGGUUCACCCGCGCGUGGAUCGACGUCGCCGUGGCCCGGGGCGACGCGACAGCCGUGCGGUUCGAUGACGACGAUUCGGAUGCAUCGGACGAUUCAUGCGACGCGGCUGGCGACGGUUCGGGUCCGUGGGAGCCGUUUGUGGUGCCGAGGGCGCUCGACGCGCUGCUCGGGGACGUCGCGGACGAGUCGGACCGGACGCUCAUCUCCAACGCGCUACGCGCCGCGGCGGGGGUUCGAGCGGAGGACGCGAGGCAGGAGUGGCUCGCGGGGAACGCGUUCGAUCGAUUCGUUGGACAACCCCGAUCGAACGAGGACGACGAGGAGGAGGACGACGAGGAGGAGGAAGCGGCGGGGAGACGUCCGAACAAACCGAACGCGUGCCUGAUGGUGGUCACCACCGACAACGACCUCGCGCCGUGCCUGCGUCGAUGCCGCGCCGCGGGUAUUCGCGUGGUCGUAUGCGGCGAUUACCUCCCCCGUCCCAAGCGGGGCGCCGGCGCCAGUCGAAAGACCAAGGCGGGGCGGAGGUCAGCCGCCGAGGAUUCGGGCGUCGGGUUGACGGAGGCGUACUGGCGCGAGCUGCAGACGUCGCAGCGGGACAGGCCGGUGGGCAGGCUGCGGCUCGCGUCCGAGGUGGACGCGGCGCUGGUGUGGGACGGGCGCCGGCCGUUUGAGCUCGAGGCGGCGGAUCGCGAUCUGCUCGCCGAGGUUCUCACGGGGAAUACGGGCGCGGCGGGGACGGCGGGGAAGCACGGCUGGGACGCGCCUGUGGAAGGGAACGUGGUGGGGGUGUGGCGGCGGAACGGGCGGGGCGUCGGGCGGUGGCCCAACGCGGAUCCGGUCGUUCCCGAGUGA